CUUCGUUACGGCGGAUGUGUUCGACAACGGGAAAGCAAGCUGCACUUGCAGACGGAUAGUGAAGAUGCACACAAGUUUACCUGGAUAUUUGCUAAACCUUCGCAGAUAACGUUGCCAUUAUGAAAAGCUUAAUCUUUCUGACUAUGGUUUUAACGGCUACAGUUUCCGAAGCGGCUAAAAAAGGUGACGACGAAGAAUGGGUGCAUCUACCAAAUAAAUGCGAAGUGUGUAAGUUUGUUAGCAUUGAAAUGAAAUCGGCGUUUGAAGAAACGGGGAAAACCAAGGAAGUCAUUGAUACGAAUUACCGCUUCCUCGAUUCGAAGGGGUCGCCGCCAAUCAAAUAUGUGAAAUCGGACAUCCGCUUCAUCGAGGUGGUGGAGAACGUGUGCCAGAGGCUCUCGGAGUACAACUUGCACAAAGAGAGAACGGGUAGCAACCGCUUCGCGAAGGGCAUGUCAGAGACCUUCUCCACACUGCAUGGCCUGGUCAAUAAAGGCGUUAAGGUGGUGAUGGAUAUCCCCUAUGAGCUGUGGAACGAGACAUCUGCUGAGGUCGCUGACCUGAAGAAACAGUGUGACGUGAUGGUGGAGCAGUACGAGGAGGUGAUAGAGGACUGGUACAAAGGCCACCAGGAGGAAGAUCUGACCACCUAUCUGUGUGAGAAACAUGUUCUCAAAGGCCAGGACACAGCUUGCUUGAAUGAGAAGUGGGCGGGGAGGAAGGGAGAUGUGGCGGCCAUCGGCGAGGAGAAGAAAAAGAAGAAGAAAGCCAAGAAAGGAAAGGGCAAAGAGAGCGAGGGCGCAGGCCAAGAGACACCGAGCAAGAAGAAAGACAAGAAAGCCAAGAAGAAGAAGAAGGGCAAGAAGGUGGAGGAGGCGAGCAGAGGGCGGAGGGGUGCUGACGGACACGCCACGGAGGAGGACGUUCAGAGGAAAGCCCCGCUGCCCUCUGGGAAGACGGAGCUCUGAGUGUGGGAGGAGGCUGCUCCAGGCUCUGCCCCCGCCCGCUCCAUAAGCCACACCCACAUACACUGUCCUUCAUCACUGCCCUGCCCACUGCCCUGCCCACUGCUCCGCCCCCCUUCUUACUGAGCCUUCUCUCAGGCUGUGUUCCACUUGCAUACUGCUUUAAUGGUGCACAGGAGUAUAUGCUGCCAUGGAUACAUGCAAAUUUGUAUGCAAAUUAGGAUUUUCACACAUUUUUACUGUUGAGUGUAUAUAUGUAUGCCCUGCUUACUCGUAACUUGGCUCGUCCCACGGUUGACUAAAGUUCUCCUGACUUUCAGUCAACUGCAGAUCGGUCAGUAUUACUCGUCGAGUGUGCAGAAGGGAUAAACAAAGACUUUAUGUUUUUUCCAGAAAGUUUCUUGACGACCGCUUUCUUGUGCGUUGAAUUUUACAUGAGGAGUGCUGAACGGCUGGCUGCUGGAGUGUGAAGGACCAUUUGCGCUCGCUUGGCGUCGCUGAGUUUUGGGGUCGUGCGUGAGGGGUCAGCCAUGACCCUCCAUACUGGCGUGGUUCCUGGGCAGCGGGCGGCCGUGCGUUAGCGUUCUGUCAGCGCUCUGUGAAAGCAGGGGGUGUCGGACUCUUCUCACUGGGGUGUGAAUGAGUGCAUUAACCCCACCCUUUACUCUGUUACCAUGUAUUGGUUUAAAAAAGAAAAGGGAAAAAAAAAGGCCAGUAUGUUCCUGUACUUGGUCCAAAUACUUUAUCGCCUUAAGAGAAUGCAUUGUUAUCUGUGCAUACAGGUAAUCGAUGAUUUGGACCAGGGCAAUUGUUGGGAACGGAAAAUUAAGCACCCACACUAGUCAUUCAGGAAGUGAGGUCAUCCUUUAACUCUGCCCCUCUCACCGUGAGCUUCCUGGUCUGCCUUUUUCGGCUAAUCAGACAUAUUGCCCCUCUGUUGAUUUCAGGUCAACUGUUGGGCCACCUGCUGGGGGGGCUAUGUAUGCGGUGGUAGUCGCCCCCCUGCCAAAAAAUAAAUAAAUGGACCUAUCAGCUAUCAUUGCCAGACCUCACCUCACAGGUAAGCAUGCAUGUCUGCAGCUAAACUGGUUUGAAGCACUUGUUACAGAGGUGAGGAGCGCUUCAAAUUUGAACCUGGGGGAAAGUGCUUGGUUGGAUGUAGCAGUGACAAGAAACCUGGAUAUGAGGUUCAUGUGCCGGUAGUAAAGGGAGACUGCUCGGUACAUUCCACCAACACCUCCUCAUAUGGGCAACAUUAAUGGUGAAAUAUGUGUGGGUGCAGUUAUUCUGCUGAAAUGAAGAAUGAGCAGUUGCGCAGUGGCUGGACAGACCGCAGUUUGGCUGUCCGUGGCCUGUGCAGAACGCGCGUUCUCGCGCUCGUUCACUGACCCUAGGACAGCCGAGUCAUGCUAACCCCUACCACCCCAGUGAUGAACCCCUAUUCCUUGCGUAACCACCCAGCAAAAUGAAAAUGUUCUCACAUUGUUGCCGGAAAUAUUUUGUCAAUGUGAGAACUUUGCCACAACAUUGCAGUAAGAUGUGAGACCUUUUAUCAUUAGCUGGCUACAGGUACAUACGUAUUGUUACAGGUGCAUAUUGUAAAUGUCUGAACUUUGUUAUAGGAGGGAGAUGCGGUCCACCCUCCUUUCGAUAUAAAUCAUUUGCAUUGUUUUGUUAAAACUGAGCCUUUGAAAUGAAUGGUCUUGUGGGUGUGGGCUUUUUUGGUUACACACCUGAUUCUCCUAUCAACAAUAGAGUCUUUGCUGAGGAACUUUAUUAGUUGAAUCAGGUGUGUAGCUGCUUGGUUGGAACAAAAGCCUGCUCCCACACCGGCCCUCUCUGGGAAAGAUUGAGUAUCUCUAGUCUCGUUUACUAUUUGCAAUCAUGACUAAAAUGUAUAUUUUAAUUGGUCUCAACCCAAGCUUGUUUUUUUUAUUUAUUAAUUGCCUUUCUGUUUUUAACAUCUUGCUUUAGCAAAGGCUAAUAUCACCUGGAAGUUUAAAAGA